AACAAACUAAUGUCAAAACUGUCAAAACCACAUGGUGUUAUCAGUGUGCAAUAUUUUGUAAUUUUUGCGGCUUUAUAAUAAAAAAUAAGAAUGGUUAUCAAGGAUUGGGCGAAAAUUUCGCCUGGGCUAUCGAAGCCUGUGUUGUCUUGUAUUGAGAAACAGGGUUUUAAGACCAUGACUCCAAUUCAGGCCGCGGUGAUACCCUUAAUCAUGUCGUGUAAAGAUGUGGUCGCGGAGGCUGUGACAGGGUCUGGAAAAACAUUGGCUUUUGUCGUGCCGAUGCUGGAAAUGUUAAUAAAGAAACAGAAGGAAUCUCCACUCAGGAAAGAUUAUGUAUAUGCUGUUAUCAUAUCGCCAACUAGAGAGCUGGCUUCACAGAUUUACAAGGUCAUAGAACUGUUUCUUCAAGAGCCUGAGCUAUCCCACAUAACAAUGGCACUGCUCCUUGGAGGGCGGCCGGUGGAGGCGGACAUAGAGGCCAUUCAGAAAGGAGCACAGAUAGCAGUCUGCACUCCUGGCCGGCUGGGAGACUUGCUCGCUGAGAGGAAACAGCUAAACCUUGCUGGGAGGUUGAAAGAAAUGGAUAUCCUUGUCCUCGACGAAGCAGACCGGCUUCUUGACUUAGGCUUCAGUCAGACACUCACAACUAUUCUGCAAUACCUACCUAGACAGCGAAGAACAGGUUUAUUUUCAGCCACACAAACUAAAGAACUACAAGACCUAGUCAGAGCAGGACUACGGAACCCAGUAGUUGUCAGUGUGAAAGAGAAGUCUACCAUCAGCACGCCAAUUCUUCUAGAAAAUUACUUUGUCAUAGUGGAACCUGAGGACAAGUUCCUCUUUCUCCUAAACUUCAUAAGAAACAGGAAAAUUGCAAAAGGAUUAUUCUUCUUACCAACUUGCGCGUGCGUGGACUACUGGGCAGAUGUCUUGCCAGUAUUCUUGCCAGAUAUAAAAAUUUUUGCAAUACAUGGUAAAAUGAAAAUGAAGAGGAGUAAGAUUUUGGAGAAGUUUAGACAGGCUGAGAAUACUAUUUUGUUGUGUACGGAUUUGUUGGCGAGAGGUCUGGACAUCCCAGAAGUAGAGUGGGUUCUCCAAUGGGAGCCUCCAACGAACCCUGCCUCGCUAGUACACCGGGUGGGUCGGACGGCGCGGGGCGGGGCCGCAGGGUGCUCCCUCCUACCUCUACUACCCACGGAGGACACAUACGUACCAUUUAUCAAGACCAAUCAGAUGGUGGAGCUCAAGGAUUGGAGGAAAUCUAAAGAUGAAAUAAAAAUCAAUCCUAAGUUGAAAGAGAAGGUACUAGCAAUGCUACACGAACAACAAAAGCAAGACAGAGCAGUGUUGGACAAAGGGCUACGCGCCUUCGUCUCCCAUAUGCGAGCAUACUCUAAACACGAAUGCAAUCUCCUGCUGCAAUUCAAAGAGCUGCCUUUGGGCCACAUAGCCACCAGCUACGGCCUUCUCAAGUUACCUCUCAUGCCGGAGAUCAAGCAGGAACAUAAGGACCAGUUUGUUGGGCCGAAAGAAGAGAUAGAUUUUAAUAGUAUACCUUAUAAAGAUAAGCAGAAGGAAGCGAGUCGCUUGCAGAAGUUGGGAGAGUUUAAGAAGACUGGUGUUUGGCCGUCGAAGAAGAAAAAGAAAAUGAUACAAUCAGAACCAUGGGAACAAGCAAAAUUAAAUAAAGAAGAACGGAAACAGAAGCGGAAAAAGCGAAAAGAAUUAAAAAAGAAUGAUCCAGAAGGCGGGAAGAAGCGUAAACGUAAAGCGGUAACGCAAGAGGAACUGAAUGAACUCGCAGCGGAUAUAGCGCUGAUGAAGAAAUUGAAGAAGCGCAAAAUUACUGAAGAACAAUUUGACCAACAAUUUGAAGUGUAAAUAAUGAAUAAAUAUUUUAAGUUAAUGUUA